CUGCUCCUGCUGCUCUCCACCCCCUUGCUCCCUGCAACCCCUCAGCAAAGAUGGCGCCCGGAAAGAAAUCGAAGAAGGCGAUCGAGUCGAUGAACGCCCGGCUCCAGCUGGUGAUGAAGUCCGGCAAGGCCUCGCUGGGCUACAAGAGCACCAUCAAGUCCAUGCGCAGCACCCGCGCCAAGAUGGUGCUCAUCUCCAACAACUGCCCGCCCCUCCGCAAGUCGGAGAUCGAGUACUUCGCCAUGCUCGCCAAGUGCGCCGUGCACCACUACACGGGCUCCAACACCGACCUCGGCACCGCCUGCGGGAAGUACUUCCGCGUGUCGGUGCUCUCCAUCACCGACGCUGGCGACUCCGACAUCCUUCGCCAGGGCGCGGAGGCUUAAGAUGGACUUAAGACCGCCGCCCUGCCUGCCUGCCUCAGCUUUUUCUUCCGUCAUUCGUGUGUAGUAGCCGGAGAGACAUCGUUGUGUUUUGGCUGCAUGACCCGUCUUGUGAAAAGAGAGAGUUGCUGGACGGGAGAGAGAGGGCGUGCGUACGUGUGAGCGGCGUGGGGCCUGUUGUUGCGUAAAUGGCAGGCUUUCCCACCGGAACCGCCAUACGCUCUCACGCCAUUUCCACUUCUUUCAUCUGUAGACUUUUGUCUCGUUGGAGAAGGAGGUUUGUGGGGGUCGCCUCUUUCUUGAUCUUCAGUAUUGGUGGGGCGGGAGAUGCGGUUGCCGGGCAGCAGACAACAACCUCUGUGGGGUCUUUUGGGUUGAAAACUAAUGGAUCUUGUGGACCAACCUUUUUUGUCUUGCAUAUUGUUUUGGUUGCGUUUACGCGUGCACCGUGUCCGAUCGACGGUGUUCGGGAGUGAUUCUUGCGCGACGGUAACGCGCGCACAUGCCACUGUCGUCGGCCUG